AUGGCACUCAGUCCGAUUAAGACCUGUGUACUCGGCGUGGGUCUUGCUGGGCUCACGUUUCAUGUUCCAUUCGUACUCGCUUUGCCCGAACUCUUCACUCUCACUGCUGUCCUAGAACGCAACCCACAGACUCCCGGAGGAAAGGUGCAGCAGCGCUUUGGAGUUACCACAAAAAUAUACAGGACAAUCGAAGAGGUCGUGAAUGACCCAGAAGUUGAGCUUGUUAUUGUAGCAACCCCAAACGAUACACAUUUUCCACUUGCCAAAGCUGCUCUCAAGGCCGGCAAACAUGUUCUCGUCGAUAAACCUGUGACUGAGACAGUCAAAGAAGCAAAUGAGCUUGCCGCUAUUGCCAAAGCCAAUGGCCUUGUUCUCUAUGGCUAUCAAAAUCGACGCUGGGACUCGGACCACCUUGCGCUGAAGCGCCUGCUUUCACUUCCUUGCUCUUCACCUCUCUCUCUUGGUAAUCUACUGGAAUUUGAGUCUCACUAUGAUCGUUACCGAACAGGAAUCCGGUCCUCUUGGAAGGAUAGUGCGGGCGCAGUAUAUGACCUCGGUUCACAUCUCCUAGACCAGGCCCUCAAACUCUUUGGCCGACCCGCACGAAUCACUGCGUUCAUUCAAAAUAUCCGUGGUGUCACGAAACCAGAAGUCGAUGACAUCUUCACUAUAUAUUUACACUACAAUCCUGGAACUCCGUUCUCUAACCAGUUCACCGUGCUUCUCCGCUCGCACAUCCUAUCAGUGAAAUCCCCUCAGUUACGCUACGCAGUCCGCGGCACAAAGGGAAUGUUCACCAAGUAUGGCCUCGAUACGCAAGAGGAUCAGUUGAAAGCGAUGCCCUCUGUCAGCAGUAUCCUUGAACCAGGUUACGGACAGGAGCCUGAGUCUAUCUACGGCGUUGUCGAAAAUAUCGCUGAUGAUGGCGUGACCAUCACAAAGACAACCUGGCCUUCGGAUGCUCCGGGCCAGUAUAUUGGCCUCUUCAAGAACCUUGCUGGUGUUAUCCGUAAUAACGAGGAACUUGAGGUGAAGUGGGCAGAAACAACCCAAGUGAUUGAGAUGAUCGAACUGGCCUAUAAAAGCUCUGCUGCAGGCCAGACUUUGGAGGUGUCGAAGCUUUAG